AUGGCCACCGGCAACCCGAAACCCAUCAUCCACCAGCUGGCGAUCAAACCGUUGUUUGACGGCUUGACUGCGCGCGAAAAGCUCUACGCCCAUCAUCUGUCCAAGGCAGCAUGGAAUGAUGGCAAGAUCCUCAUGAGACAAGUCUCGGAAGAGGGCCCUGCCAUCGCGAACGUUAUCCUCUCCCUCUACCGUGCUUGUCAAGGCCAGUGGAAACAGCUUGCCAACCAAACGGGUGUGUCAGCACAGGAGCUCGACGGAUUCCUCGACUACUCUGCCCAGUUCUUUUGCCUCGGGGGACGGUUAGCAAACACGAUUGAAGAGUGUCGAGCAAACCUUGCCGCGUACUUUCUCGCGGACAACAGGGAGCUGCUUGAGCUCUUCGGUUAUAAUAAAAGCAGCACGCCUACCGCUGAUGACUUCAUUUACUACACCUAUCUAUUCAUUGCCGUUGAGGGUGUUCUCGGCCUUCAGUUCUACGAGAAAGACGGUCAAUCUUGGGGUCAGCCUCACCGAAGGGCCGCCUUCGCGAUACUCAAGCACCUCCUCCUCGACGCCGCCGACCUAAUAACCAUCCACCGCAACCUGGCUGAGAAAACCCUCCGCAUCCACAUCAACCGAGCCAAGAUCCUCUCCCACGGAAAGCCUUCUCUCGGCCGACUGCUAACCAAAAUCCAUAUUUGGCGCUGCACAGCUGACAUCCCAUCCCGCGAGGCGUUGUACGAGCCGCUCAGCACGGUCGACGGCAUCUAUGAGGAGUGGAGACAAAUUGUGGUUGCGCAUCCGGAGCCGCAGGGUAUGUUUGUGCAGGCGAAUACGCUUCUGGAUAGGAAUGGGAGGGUGGAGGUUAAGGUGUAUGAGGAGAGUAGGGAGGGGAUUAUUCAGUCUUUUGCUGAGCGUUGGGGGUAG